UGUGUGCGUGCGUCGUUAUUGGUGUGUGCGCGUGAGAGUGCGCGCGCUGAGCUGACAGAAGAGCGCUCUGAGCGCGAGGCGGUCAGCGCGCAAACUUCACUCAGCCAUGGCGGCCACCGGAGGAGGGAAAAUUAGAACAAGGAGAUACCAUAUCGCUUCUAAACCUUAUGCCAAAGGCAAACAGCAACAGCCAGGUCUAAUCAGUCGAGUGACAGACACAGUGAAGAGCAUAGUCCCCUCUUGGCUACAGAAGUACUUCAAAAAUGGAGAGCUAACCGCAGGUGAGGAGGCCAGAGUAGACGUGGAACAGAACAAUGUAGCCCCUCCUCCCAAUGGCAACGAAGAUCCUGCCCCACUCCAAGAUGGACGCAACUCCCCAGAGCCUAGCACCAGUAAUGCAGAACCCUCUACAAGCAAAGCAUCGCUGAACUUCCAGGAUGUUUUGUCACGACCCCCUCUCAACCGCUCCCACCUACAGUUCCCCACCCAGGAUGGCUCCCCUUCACUAGGGGUGUCAAACUUUCUCUUCUCGCAGCCCUCCACAUCCACAGCCUCCUUCGCGGCAAGCCCAUUUGCUGUAGCCUCCAACUUCUCCUUAGUGAAGGAGAUCAAGGACUCCAGCUCUCAGCAUGAGGACGACAACAUUUCCACUACCAGUGGCUUCUCAUCAAGGGCGUCUGAUAAAGAUGUACCAACCUCAAAGACUGCACCACUACUCUGGUCCCCAGAGACAGAUCGCACCCACUCUGGAUCGCAGUCAGGACAGACCGGUCUCAAGAAGCCUGCCUUCAACCUAUCAGUCUUUGGCACUUCCUCAUCAUCGGUCAUGAACAAUUCGGUGCUGAACUCCAGUCAGCUGGGGGACUCUCCUUUCUAUCCAGGGAAGACUACCUAUGGAGGGGCUGCUGCUGCCAGAAGUGGUCGUGCACGGCCCGGCACCCCUUAUCAUGCUCCGGUGAGGAGACAGAUAAAGGCAAAACCAGCAGGAGCUCAGCCUUGUGGAGUGACAAGUGCUACAGCUAGACGCAUCCUCCAGUCCCUGGAGCGCAUGUCCAGCCCUCUUGCAGAUGCGAAAAGAAUCCCUUCAACUGUUUCUUCUCCUUUAUCAACAUCCUUGAAUCACAGCGAUCUAGAUGUUUCAAGUUUUCAGUCAAAGAAGAAAAAGGUGGAGCCAGCUCUUCCGCCUGUGCAGAAGCUGGUGAUACCGGCUGCUGCGUCUGUGGCGAGUAACCGCUCCAUGUCUUUCCGCCCUUCGUUAACUCCUGGAUCAGUCAGCAGAGUAGUGGACAAAAGCAACAAGGAGACACCUGUUAGAAGGUCCCCUAAGAGACCAGAUGCCCCUGCACCCCCACCAAGCACAAGCGGCCUGUCGUACCCACUGUCCAGCACGCCUACCACCAGCAACACAGGUGCUGGAGGAGGCAAGAUGAAGAGGGAGAGGAGCAUUCGUCCUUCAUCCAAAAAGACUGAUGAUGAGGUCUCUGAAGCUCCAGAUCUGCCUGCCAUCUCACUACCUUUAAGUAACUCCCCUCUACCUACCUUCAGCUUCUCCUCUCCUCCCCCUACAUCCACUCUCAAACCUAACAAUAAACCAUCAACCCUCAUCCCCAAAGAACCUGCCAUCAGCAAGCAGGCCCCCACAGUGCCCACAACCCCUGAUGCCCCCUUUACGUUUUCCACACCUAUCGUCAAGGCAACAGCUGCAAGUCCACCAUCUUUUUCUCCAUCUACGGGAUUUACUUUCAGUGCACCCACUAUGAAAACUACACCUUCUGCCUCAAAUGGGAAACCGGCUCCAGCAGCAGUUGCAGUAAAACCAGCUGCCCGCGAAUGCAAGGAAGAGUUUGAGGGUCCCUUCAAACCUGCCAAAGUCUUGAAGCAGGGCAGUGUUCUAGAUAUCCUCAAAGGACCAGGGUUUGCAUCCCCUGCUGCGGGCCCCCCUGUCCCAGAGUUGAGGUCUGCUAGUGAAUCCUCAUCCUCAGCUGGCAGCAAGUUCAAACCUUCACUGGGAACAUGGAAUUGUGAGCCCAACAAAGAAUCUUCCUCCAAAUCGGACAGUAAACCUGCAAAAGCUCCUGCUGCUAGUCUUAAUACUUUGUUUGCGCGUCCUCCUGGAACCUGGGACUGUGACACCUGUCUGGUGCAAAACAAACCAGAGGUAUUUAAGUGUGUAGCUUGUGACACUGCAAAACCUGGGACAGGAGUAAAACCUACCCUGACUUUGCCACCUGUGUUGGAGACACCCUCCACUGUCAGUGCUUCAUCUUCUAGUACUACGACCAGCACUUCUAGCUGUACCACAUCUGGACUCCUUGGUUUUGGGGACAAGUUUAAGAAGCCAGAGGGGGCAUGGGAGUGUGAUGUCUGCAUGGUUCAGAACAAAGCACAGGACAGCAAAUGUGUAGCUUGCCAGACCGCUAAACCAGGAUCUGCAUCUGCAGCACCUUCAUCACUGGCUCCUGCAGCACCCAAACCAGCAAGUACAGCACCCCUGCUGGGAUUUGGAGACAAGUUUAAGAAACCUGAAGGCAGCUGGGACUGUGAUGUUUGCUGUGUUCAGAACAAAUCUGGUGACCAGCAGUGUGUGGCCUGCCAGUCACCUAAACCAGGUGCAAAAGUAGAAUCCAAAGGUUUUGUGUCAUCUUUUGGCACGCAGUCAUCUAGUACAGAUUCAAGUUCCUCUGCGUUCAAAUUCGGUACAGGCUCUUCAAAUUCAACCUCUGUUGGACUAAAAUUUGGUGGCAGUUUUACAAACUCCUCCAACUCUCUGGACUUCAAAAUGGGCAAUACCUCAGACUCCAACUCAAGCUCUGGAGGCUUCAAAUUUGGAGCUUCUUCUGCAGACAGUACUGGAGGUUUCAAGUUUGGUGGAGCCUCAGACUCCACCUCCACAAGCACAAGUUCUUCAGAGGGAUUCAAAUUUGGUGGGUCCUCUGAUGGCUUUAAAUUUGGAGCAACACCUGCAUCAACAAAUACAGAAAAUAAGAAUGACUCUACAAAUUCUAGCACUGGUUUUAAAUUUGGUGGAGGCAGUGGGGUUACUUUUGGCUCUACAGCUGCUAGCACAUCAACAACUGUGACUGGAGGCUUUUCUUUUGAACAGCCAAAACCCAAGGAUCAACUGGUUAACACUGCAAAUAGCAGUUUGGAGUUUGAUUCCUCAGCACCCAAAGCCAAGGCUGAGAAAGAUGAUCCUCCUUUCACAGGAGGUUCAGCUUCCUCCACAUCAGCUUCAAGCACCAUCCCUGUAUUUGGCAAGCCAACAGUGGCCGAACCAAAGACCGCUACACUAUCGUUUGGUGAACCAGCUGCCAAAGAACCAGCAUUGGCAACCUCCACUUUCACUUUUGGUAAACCAGAGGAGAAGAAAGAUGCUGCUCUUCCAUCAUCUGGAUUUGUGUUUAACGCAGCAAAGGAGGCUGACAAACCGGCCCCGUCUUUAGGCUUUUCUUUUAGUAAACCGGAGCCCCCAAAAGAAGUUCCUAAACCUGCAUUUACUUUUGGAAAACCUGCUGAGUCAACAGAAGCCCCUAAGCCACCAGCCUUUGGGUUCGGGCAAAGUGCAGCAGAUACGGCUACACCAAAGCCUGCAUUUGGCUUCAUGGUCAAUUCAUCAAGCACCCCUGCCUCCUCCAGCCCUGCGCCCAGUAUCUUUGGUGCUCAGAGUAGUAGCUCAACACUAGCACCCACCUCUGCUCCAACUAGCACCUUUAUGUUUGGGCAGAGCGCUUCUUCUGAUGCUCCUCCUGCAAAGGCCUUCAUGUUUGGACAACAAGACAGCCAGCCGGCCUCUGCAGCACCUCCUGCUCCUGCUGCUGCUGCAGCCCCUGCUCCUGCCCCUGCUCAGCCCUUCCUCUUUGGCUCGACGGCCAACUCUACUGCCUUCUCUUUUGGAGGGGCAGCGACAGCUACACCAGCAUCUGCAGCCCCUGCGCCCUCAGCAGCCCCCUCUCCAUUUGUGUUUUCGUCUGCCACUGUGUCAACUGGCUUUGGUUCUGGUCAGGCACCUGCUUUUGGGCAAGGUUCAUCACAGCCUGCCGCUCCCGCAUUCGGAUCACCUGCUCCCUCGUUCUCAGCUACAAACUCAGCAUCUCCCGCCUUUGGAGCCAAACCCAAUGCUGCUCCUAGCUUUGGUCAACAGCCUAAUGCAACUCCAGUUUUUGGGUCCUCAGCUCCCUCUGCUGGCCAAGGAGGUUUCCAGUUUGGAGGAGCCAGUGCUUUUGGCACACCAAACAGAAACAGUGCUGUUUUUACUUUUGGAGGAGGAGCAGGAAAUGCAGCCAAUUCUGCACCUUCGCCAGUCAUGUCUGCACAGCCUGUGGCAGCUGGUGGAGGUUUCGGCUUUUCGCAGCCCCCAGCCUUUAAUAUCGGGUCAACAAAGAGUGUUUCAAGUGCAACACCUGCUACACAGCACACCAUCUCCGGCCGCAAGAUAAAAACCGCCGUCCGACGUAGGAAAUAAAGCUGGAAAUUACAUCCGCUGUCUCAUCUCUGAACAAACACUGAAGUACUUAGUAUUGUGAGCAUGGCACUCUGAUGGCUCUGUUUGCAGGUGGUUUCAUUUGCAGUUGAUGGUCAGUAGUAGGCUGUGGACCCCUGGUCCACUGACAAAAUCUAACCAAGACUCAAAAAUGCAAAAUAAUACAAUCAAGCAAAAACCUGACCUUGAAAAGGAAAGGUGUGUUUGUGUGUGUAUGUGUACAUAUAUAUUUUCAACAUCUGCAUUCUUGGCAGGAUUUGCGCAUGACUUUUUUGUAAAGAAAAAAAAACAUGCAAAACUUUAGGGAAUUGAUAAAGUAGGUUUUGCUUGGAGUGAUCAGGUAAAAAAGAGGACUCGUUGCUGUAUGUUCUGAGGCGAGUGUUUCUAUGAACCUGAAGUGUUCGGAUAUUUUUUCUUUUCCUUUUUUUUCUUUUUUUUGUGCGCAGAUUGUGUGUAUGUGGUUUCUUUGUACAUGCUGAACUGUGCUGGUUGAUGUCUUGACAUGAGAGGCAAAUGAAUGUGUUUAAGGAAAGGGCAGGGUGGUGUGGGCCACACCCGUGCGCUGUGGAGACUGAUGGGUGAAACAGAAAGUAACCCUGGAGCUCUGCUGCAGAGGUCCUUUGUAAAUCUGCAUUUCCUUCAUCUUCUAUGCCCUUUUAGUACUCUUUCUCUCAGUACCUGCUCUCUCCUUCUCCUUUGUUCUGACUUUUCCCAGUCUUAUGUUCUGUCUCUUUCUCUCAUUCUCUCGUUCUCUCUCGCACUCUCUCUCAAUUGGCCUUUGAAUAUUAUUAAAAUUGUAAAUAGUAACUUUUUUUAAUCUGUGAAGUUUUUGUGUGUUAAACCAACUUUCUUUUCGUUCAGAAUUUUUGUCUUUUAGAAUUUAUUAUGUAAAGCCCUUAAUUCAAAGUUGCCCAAAUCCAUUUAAAAAUGAACCUUAAAUGCAAAUUGGGGAUCCUUUGACAUAAAGGUAUAUUGGCAUUUCUGAUCCACUUUUGUUUGGACCAAAAGCAGUGUUGUAAAAAGUAUUAAGUAUAUAUUUUUCUAUUGCUUGUUUAAAUGGACUAGGGUGACUUUGGAUAAUAAGGACGUCUACUUUAAUUUUAAAGCCAUGAUAAUUAUUACUGGACGAGUGAUAAAUAAAAACCAUGGGUAAUUGCCAUCAAUAAAAUUAUGAAAUUAGA